CUCAAAGCCUACCUCACUUGGUUGAUCGAGGCCAGAUAUGUGAGGGAGAAGAAGGUGACGGGUGGUGCACGGCCACUGCCUGUGUGAGGAAGAAGACGAACAAAGAAAGUCCAAGAGUGUCUACGGGCCAAGCAUGCGGGUGUUCCAGAUCGCCGCCAUUCUUUUCACCAUUGACCUUGCUAGCAGCGGCAACAGUUCCACAGCAAGGCGAUCACAACACCACCGAGAAAACAAUGUAAGAGCACAACGAGAUGCCAUUGAAGCUGAGGUUGCGAAGUUCGAAGUACAAGAAUCAGUAGCAGCGGCUGAGGGAGUGAAGCUUGGCUUCGGCAAAAGUUGCACCAGAGAUGACCAGUGCCGUUCUAGCCGUGGUCUCCAGUGCCUUCCAAAGGAAAGUGGAUCAGAGUGCUUAUGUUCACGGAGGACGCCCAUUGAAGUUAACGACAGUGGCAUUAUCAAAUGCGUCCGACCCAAAGCCAUGUACGAAUCUUGCCGCAAUAACCGGGAGUGUGGAUUCAACAACCCAAACGUGAAAUGCGUCGACUUCCUUUGCUACUGCCCGCCACCCAACGUUCUAUCUUCAGAUCAUAACUGUCAGCCAGCCGGCUUUUCGGUGGCAGGAAUCGUCCUCGCAGCAACACCAAGUUUUCUACUGGUUAUCACUCUGCUAGUUCUCGGCGGCAUCUACACUUUUCACAGGCUCGCAAAGUCAAGACGCACGGCGUCAGCCACGCUUCCUCUAGCUUCCUCAAGUGACGAUGCUUCUGGUGAUUCCACUGAGAAAGUAUCUACUACCAAAACUGUAGGAACGAUUGGCGAAUCCAGGUUCGGCCCCAAGCAGACGACCCCCACUUCUUCUGCAGACCAACGGCCAAAACCCAACACCAAGAUAAACCGUCGUUUUCUACAGAGCUUUAUUCAAUGCAGAGAAUAUCGUAACGCUUUACGGGAAGGGAAGAUACCACCCACAUCCUUCUAUCCACCCAUCGAAGAAAAUCGUACAAAUCAGACUACUACAGCGGCUACAUGUCUGUUCAAAGGGUACGCAACUGUGACAGAACAAUCAACAGAACUGGGGACUACAUUGUUGUUCAGGGAGUACAGGCGAGCUCCCAUGAACAAUGCACUGCGGCCGGAGGGCAGCUCUGGGGACCAUAGUGAUAGCUUGCGUUACACUGAAGAAAGUUACAGUGUUACCAUGAACAGAACCCAUCCUGGAAGGAGUUCAAUUACAGAGAGCGUCACAACAGAACCAAGCGAACAAUCUAGGUCACUGCGAAGCAAGAAUGUCAUAACGCAAAGCCAACAAGCGCGGUCUGAUCGACUUCUCUCUAGCGGAGCGCAAAUUUUGCGUGACAUGCUCAAUACUGACGAAGAAGUCAUAAUUACAGUAGCAAAGCAUAUGCCAUCAAGUCGCCAGGCAAGUGACACUUCAGGACUUCAUACGGGAAUUUGUGAGUCACCCCGUCCGCAAAGCAUGAAGACUAGUUCGAGCAGUACUUCAAUGUCGGAGCCUGCUUUCUCCCGAAUGCAGCCCGCGAGUUCCCUAGUGACAGAGAAUGCCAUGGUGAAGGGCGAACAUCCAAUAGUUGACCGAACUAUAAGUACGAAUGCCUGUCUUGCACCGCUUCAGUCAAUGCCCCAAAAUGAGAUGACGCUACAAAAAGAACUCAGCACUAUAAAUGCUUCAACGAGCGAAGACUUACGGUCAAAUUGGCUGUCAGUUCUGAUGUCAUUUGAUGGGAAAAGAGGUUCUCCAUGCUAUCUGGAACACGGAACAAGAACUGAAAGUCGACCGAACCCGAGCUACAGCGUGCGAGGUGCUUCAGCAGGCAAGUCGAAGCCUUACGAAGCGACACAUACCUUGCGUAGUGGCAAGGGACCCCAGGACAGGGUUUUGGAGAGCACCGCACUGAAACUUGGGAAAAGUGCUACGCAACCAACACAAACGCAUGUGGCCUAUAAAUCUGUACGGGCUUUACCUCGUCCUAAAACUAGAAGACAAACACCGGCCUGUACCAUCGGUACAGUGAGGGAUGUGCCGAAACAAAAUGAGCAAGGCAGCAAGACACCGACAAACACAACACCUCUUGAGGGAAGUCAGGAAAACGAGAUACAGCGACAUGACAGCCUAGAAGCCGUAAGCAGAAAUGGAAGAGACAUUUCUGCUGACGUCGACAUCUCUCCAGGACCUUUUCGUCAAGAUGUGUCAGAGACAUGCCCUGACGGCCACAACGGAAAACCUGGUGUCCUAGAUAGCGUUGCCCAACUAGGACAGCUCUACAUGCGGUCCAGAAGGGCGCGGAAGCCUUCGACAACGUUGAGAUCAUCUGUAUCAGCUCAAAAUUUGCUGAACUUACAUCGUCAGUCUGGAGCGGAACUAAUUGACUCUGUGCUUUAUCCGCCGAUUGACGAAACAAAGCGACCAUGGGUCCAGAAAAAGAAGUGCCUAGAAGAAGGUGACCUACCUUAUAACAGUGAGCCUAUUUCAGUAAAGAGCUCGAAACGAUGUGUCCGGAGUGCCAAGUCCUCACUUAGUGUUGAACAUGAGACUGGCAAAAAUAUGCUGGACUGUACGAAGGCUUCACCUGCUCCUUCCCCACGACUAGCAUGGCAACAGGCGUCGUCAACGUCAACGUCAGGAUCCAGUACAUUCCAUCGAUUUAUUGAACUGGAACAUCUGAGACGAAUGACAUGCAGAACGUCCAUCCAAACAGCUGUUUAUUCGGCGGAAAUUCUUGAUCGCUGCACGACAUCAGGUCUCGCACCAACGCUGACUCGCCGUCUUGCAUCGCUGGAUGAGACUGUGCGACGCUUGCCGAGGCACCCUGAACACGGUUCAUUCAGUCUCAACCGUGACAAUAUGCCUAGUAAUUACAGAGACCCUACUCCUCACGACGUACCUGCGCAGUCGUCACAAUUGAGCCAAGAGGGAAACCGCAAAGUACAGGGCACAGCUGAGAGGAAAAAAGAGACAAAGUUUCAACAUGAAACUGAAAACAUUUGCUGGACCGAGGUCAACUAUCCGCACCUACGCAGUAUCCUAGGUCAAGGAGAUGACAUCAAGUCGACCAAUGAGUUGCAACUCGCUGGUGCACGUCUUAUGAGAACCGAAACAUUUGAUGGAACAGUGAGGACAGCUGUACAAUCGGGAGACACCCGUGCUGUCCACUCACGUAUUUCUGACGACGGAAUGGGCGAUAAGCAGCGGUCAACACCGCGUUGUAAUGCGCAUAAUAGCAGCUCCUUACCGUUACGUUCACUUCAGCAGCAUACAAGCGACCAAAGCAGCAAAAGCUUUCAGGAACUACUGGCAGGCGACACUGUUUCGCGUUCGGUUACACAAGCGCGUCCCUUUUCAUUGGCACAACUGGAGUCUUUUUCGUCACUCAGAAGUAGCAAAGCCGGAGACCCACAAAAGUCAGCCAGUGGAGGAGCGACAUUGGAUUCACGACAUGCAGGCGUCGGCCACUCUAGCGGAUUUCAAACGCAUGUAUCUAGGCUCAGCUGCCGCAGCGGUCCAGUGAACAAAAACUCGGAGGCUGACUGCAUAGAGUCCUUGUAUAAUGUCAUUGUUGAAAGAGGCAGGCAAUCACGUCAUGAUCUGCAGGCAACACGUGUUCGGAAGUACUAUGCCAUUGGCAGCACAAUUAUUCCCGAAGUCGGCCCGAGCUGUGACAGCGUUGCCGACGGUUCUGCUUUGAAUGAUCCAUCAAGUGAACAGUGGGAGGUAUCGUUCCGAACUCCAACGGAAAAACUUUUGUCGUCAUCUACUUCGGACGUUGAUGUCAUUUUUACAGCAGCCACGUUAGAUCCUGAGGAUCAAGGCGUGGAAGGAAAUAGAGCCUCAGACAGUUCCUAUUGCUCUUUCGACACGGCAGAGUCUUAGUACUCCGUGGAGAAAUGACCUGAAUAAAUAGUGCUAAAUGUU